AUGGGCUCCGACGAAGAGCACCGUGGCCAGCGGUCACGACGUAGCCUCCACGACGAUCAAGACGACGACGAACGGCCCCGCCGAGAACGAGACACCGCAGAUCGCGACAGCCACCGCCGCAGACGCAGCAAAGACCGCGGCGACACCCACCGUGACCGCGAUCGCGGCUCGGACAGACCACCACGCAAAGAGCGACGAAGAUCCCGAUCACGCGACAGGCGGGAGACGUCCCGCCGCUCGCGCUCACCAGACCCUUCCGCGCGGAAACGCUCGCGCUCACGAGACCGCGAUCGCGGCGAUCGCGACAGACACAGGCGGAGGCGAUCCCCUCGUGACGACGACCGCAGCAGCAGGGACAAAGACUCCCGUCGCCGCCGACACCGCGACCGCGAUCGAAGCCCAAACUCCGACUCAGAAGAUACCUCCAAACCCCCAGAGCGCAAACGGCUCACGGCACCCACAAGCCCCAUCCGCCGCUCCGGGCCCCUCCCAGACCAAGACGCCUCUUUCGCCGUCUCCAAAGGCGAAGAACCCGAAAAACCAAAAGAGAAACCCAACCUCCGCACAACAGGCCUCCUCGCGGCGGCCUCCAACUCAGUCCAACAAGCCGAUGGCACCUCCAUCGCGCUAAAAUACCACGAACCCGCAGAGGCGCGCAAGCCGCCCGCGCGCGACCAGUGGAAGCUCUUCGUCUUCAAGGGGAGCGACGUGGUCGACACGGUGGACCUGAACCUGCGGAGCUGCUGGCUGAUGGGCCGCGAAGCGGCCGUGGUGGAUUUUGCGGCCGAGCACCCGAGCAUCAGCAAGCAGCACGCCGUGAUCCAGUUCCGGCACGUGGAGAAGAGGAACGAGUUCGGGGACCGAAUCGGGAAGGUGAAGCCGUACCUCAUCGAUCUCGAGAGUGCAAACGGGACGGUGCUGAAUGGGGACAAGGUUGCCGAGAGUCGGUACUAUGAGCUGAGGGAUAAGGAUAUGAUUAAGCUGGGGCACAGUACGCGGGAGUACGUGCUCAUGCUGGCGCCGAAGGACUAG